AAGUUUACAAAAUAACAAUUUGGGGUUUAAUACUUUCUAAGUUUAUCAAAUAAUCCCUUGUGUUCAGAAGCAGAUUCAAAUCCCCUGUUGUACCAGUCACCACAAAAAAAAUCCCCUGUUGUACCAACGCAGAAACCCUAAACAAAAGAACAAAGCUGAAGAGAGAUCGAUCAUGGAGGAGAAGAAGCAGAAGAGCAUCAACGAAAUCCUCCCUGUAGAGCUGAUUCAGAGAAUCUUACUGAGGAUUCCGGUCAAACAUCUCGGCCGCCUCAAGUGCGUUUCGAAGCUUUGGUACUCUCUCAUUUCCGAUCCAGACUUUGCGGAAUCGCAUCUUCACCUCUCUCUCGCACCCACCCAUGGGUACCUCUUCAAAAAAGACUCCACGGAAGCAUUCCUUGUUCACCUAGAAGAAGUAUUUAAUGGCGACAAUUACGAAGUAAAAGAGGUAUCUUUCCCUUUCAAGAAGCAGCCACCUUCUGAGUUUCGUAUCAGGGGGUCCUGCAGAGGGUUUGUUCUCUUAAGCCGAGAGCCACAUUUUUUUGUAGUAUGGAACCCACUCACCGGAUUCAGCAAAAGAAUAUCUUACUCUUGUAUGGUUCCUCGUAAUAUGGGAAGGUACUUUCAUUUUCUCGAUCAUGCGAUUCUGUAUGGAUUUGGUUACGAUGCGUCACGGGAUGACUACUUAGUUGUUGUAGCUUGGCAGCAUGGUGGCUGCCAACGCUUAGAUUGCUUGUCCUUGAGAGCCAAUUCAUGGAUUAGUCUCGAUGCUGCACUCCCCAAACCAUUGGGUCUUACGGAGUGGCGAUCUCGUGGGUUGUUCUUGAAUGGCUCUAUUCAUUGGUUUGCUUCCUCUCAUGUGAAACAUUACUAUGAAGCUCUUCUUGUAUUUGAUUUGAAGGAAAGAAGUUUCUUAAAGAUAUCUUUGCCUGAACAACCCAUAAUGCGUGGUCCUACCACAUUUGUCAUACUCGAUGAAGCACUUCAAGAUUUGGAAAGCUUCCAGCAGCAAGGCAAAGAGAGCCAGCGCUAUCCACCCCUGGUGAAGUUACUUUUAGAACACGAAGUUAUUCUCACCAAACCUAAACUCCAACAUAUGGGUGAUGAAAGAGUACAAAGUGCACUCCUCUUGGACUUUGUAUGCGUUUCCUUGUUUACGCUCUCAGCCUCUAUGCUUAUCCAAUGGGAGUGACGUUAUUGCACUAGAUUCUACUUCGGUAUUUACAUCAUUAAGGCUAGCCAAAUAUAGUAUCAGAGAAGAGCUGCUCCAAUAUUUUAGUUGUCCUCCUUAUCUUCGACACUAUGCUUACAGCUAUGUAAGUUGUGUAUAUACAGAGUCUCUCUUGAUGCUCCCUAGUGAUAGUAAGCAUAAAGAUAAGAAGAACAAUAAUGUUAUGUAACUAUUCUGCAAUGCUUUGCACAACAUUAUUCCUACUAGUUUUUAUUACUUUAUGAUUAAUGUAAAAGUACUGAGCAAGAUGCAUUGUGCAUCAAGUUGCAUUCAGAUCUGAGUUUUGACUAUCCAUGGUGAAAUUUGAUUUAU